ACGAAAUAAGAUUUCUAAAAAUAAAUGGCAACAUGUGACAGUGGAAUUGAAGUAACAUCCAAAAUGCACAUACUCCUACUCCCUUUCUUGUUGACCUUUCUACACCUCUCCCAAGCUCAACCCCCUUCAUCCACCGUCUGCAUCAUCGGAGCCGGAAUCGGCGGCUCUUCCGUCGCCCAUUUCAUCCGCAAAUACUCACCGGACCUAACUCCCACCACCAAAAUCCGAGUGUUCGAGCGCAACACCAUCGUCGGCGGUCGCAUAGCCACCGUGAACAUAGCAGGAGAGACAUUCGAAGCUGGAGCUUCCAUUCUUCAUCCGAAGAAUCUCCACGCCGUCAAUUACACAAAGCUUCUCAAUCUCAAACCGAAACAGCCUAGUUCGGGAUCCUUAUCGCUCGGUAUUUGGGAUGGCGAUAAGUUCGUUUUCAAAACCGUUGAAAUCAGUUGCAAUAUUUCCUUCAUUGAUAAGCUUCUCAAACUCCCUUUUAUUGAGAAUCUCGUUUCACUCGUCAAUUCGGGACUCAUGUUUUUUCGCUAUGGAUUCUCGCUUUUCAAGAUGCAGAACUUUGUUCAGAGUGCUGUGGAUAAGUUCUCAAAGUACUACGAGGAAACUGGUUCAAGACCGAUUUUCGAGACUGUGGAUGAGAUGUUGAAAUGGGCUGGUCUGUUUAAUCUUACUACCAGGACUUUAAGAGAUGAGUUGGUCGAUGUUGGAUUGUCUCCAUUGUUGAUCAAUGAGCUUGUCACGGUCAUCACACGUAUUAAUUAUGGUCAGAGUGUCGAAAUGAGUGGAUUGGGAGGUGCAGUUUCGCUGGCUGGAUCAGGUGGAGGAUUGUGGUCCAUUGAUGAGGGCAACUGGCAAAUGGCUGCUGGACUGAUUAAUCGGUCAGAUGUUGCAUUACAUCUGCAUGAAGAAAUAAAAUCUGUUGCUGACCUUGGAGAUUAUUAUGAACUCAACUCAACAAAAGGAAACAGUUACAUCUGUGAAGUUGCUGUGGUUGCCACACCACUGGAUGAGAUAAAUAUUCAAUUUAUUCCCCCAAUUUCAAUUCCUGAGAGAAAAUUACAGCACACACAUGCAACUUUUGUCAGGGGCCUUCUAAACCCUGUAUAUUUCGGUCUCAAGGCUGCGGCAAAAAUUCCAGAUCUUGUGGCCACAUUAGAGGACCCUAAACUUCCAUUUACAAGCAUUUCAGUUCUCAAGAAGCACAAUGAAGAAGAGUCCACUUAUAAAAUAUUCUCUCGUCAACCAGUGGCAGACACAUUACUUGAUAGCAUUUUCAGUGGGAGGAAGGAGACAAUUAGGAUAAACUGGGCUGCCUACCCUCAUUAUCACGCCCCAGAAAUAUUUGCACCAUUUAUAUUGGAUGGGCGACAUCUUUACUAUGUUAAUGCAUUCGAAAAUGCGGCUAGCACCAUGGAAACAAGUGCUGUGUCAGCUGAGAAUAUUGCCCGACUCAUACUCUCAAGAUAUUUUGGCAAAGUCAAUGUGCAUUCGUCCAAUUUGAAGGUUAGUUCUCAAGGAGAAGAUGUUCAUUUAGACUUGUGAUACAGUGGUUGUAAAUCAAGCAAUUAUUUUCAAUAGGUGGUUAAUCCCUAGCCAGCUGGUGAAGAUACAACAAUGUGCAAAAUACGGGCCAACACUGCAAAUACAGAACAAUAACUAAUUAUUCUCCCCAGUCCCUCCCUUUGUGUUUUAUGUUGUUAUGUUAUUAAUAAUGUACAGAGGAUGGUGUGUGUGAUUGUUGAGAUUCAAACUUUGCCUAUGUUUGAAUAGGCGCUUUCCUCAUUGGGCUCGUCUCUCAAAGCCACGUUAUGUUAGAAGCUAGUAUUUAUUGCUUUGCUAUA